UUCAUGUUGCAUAUUCAUGUCAACAUUUUAUGUGCUUGCUUCUUAUAUACUCCCGCAAGAACAUUUAGAAUGAAAUACGUAUGAGUUAUACAGUUGAAGUUGAAACAAAAUCAGAAAUGGAAGGUCACGAGGAAGAUGAUUUAGAAGAUUUAAAUUCAACUGUGUACACAUUUCCACCGAAUGUACAAAAUGUCAUUGAACAGGUUUUACCUAGUACAGAUCCAUUGGACCAACUAAAUUUCAAUGUGGUGGAUUAUAUAAAUUCACUAUUCCCAACAGAACAGUCUUUGUCAAGUAUAGAUGAUGUAGUAAAUAAUAUGGAAUUAAAGAUACGUACCAUAGACAGAGAAAUUCGUUCAGUGGUACGUGGACAAACAAAUGUUGGUCAAGAUGGGAGAGCAGCAUUAGAAGAUGCACAGAAAGUAAUAAAACAGUUAUUUGUGCAUAUAAAAGACAUUAAAGAUAAGGCAGAACGAUCAGAAGAUGUGGUUCAAGAAAUAACAAGGGAUAUCAAAAGAUAUGAUAUUGCUAAAAGAAAUCUAACAGCAUCUAUAACAGCUUUAAAUCACUUGCAUAUGCUUGUUGAAGGAGUAGAUACCUUAAAGGUAUUAACUCAGAAGAAACAAUAUGGUGAAAUUAUUUUACCAUUGCAAGCUGUGAUGGAAGUGAUGCAACAUUUUAAUAGCUACAUAGAUAUACCUCAAGUAAAACAGUUAUCUGAUGAAGUACAUCAGGUACAUGUUGAAUUGGCUCAACAAAUUACAGCAGAUUUUAAACUAGCAUUUUCUGGACAAAAUCCAAAAUAUUUUAAUCAACUGACAGAAGGAUGUUUAGUACUAUCUGUGUUGGAUCCCAAAGUUAAGAAAGAUCUACUCACCUGGUUUGUGGGUAUUCAGUUACAAGAAUAUGCACAUUUGUUUGAUGAAAAUCAAGAUUUUGCAUGGUUGGAUAAAAUAGAUCGACGUUACGCGUGGAUAAAGAAACACUUGCUUGAUUUUGAAUCGAAAUUUGGUACAAUCUUUCCACAAGAUUGGGAGAUCUCGGAACGAAUUGCUGCACAAUUUUGUCACGUUACGCGGGAAGAUCUUACAAAAUUAAUGUAUAAAAGACGUUCUGAAAUAGACGUAAAAUUAUUACUUUAUGCAAUUCAAAGGACUAGUAAUUUUGAAUCAUUAUUGGCAAAACGAUUUAGUGGUAUUACUUUGGAUAAUGUAGAAACAACAAAUAAAAAAAAUGCUUCUAAUACAGACACGACUGAGAAUAAAGUUCCAGGCAACCCAUUUGAAGAAAAUCAGCAGGUACAAAAAGAAAAACCAAAACCAUCACCAUUUUCAAAUCUAAUAGGAAGAUGUUUUGAACCAUACUUAAGUGUUUAUAUAGAAAGUUUAGAUCGCAAUUUAGCAGACCUCAUGGAUAAAUUUGUAUCAGACUCUAAAUCACAACCGCCUGGUGCUAAAGAUUUUGAAGGCAUCGAGGGUCCUAGUAGUGUUCUGUCGUCUUGCGCUGAUCUGUUCGUAUUUUAUAAGAAAUGCAUGCUGCAAUGUACUCAGCUUAGUACAGGCUCUAUUAUGUUGAGUUUAGCCGAAACUUUUCAAAAGUAUCUGCGGGAAUAUGCUCUUAAAAUAUUACAAAAUAAUUUACCUAAAAUUGGAGGUAGCGUAGGCAUUGCCACAAGUAUGAGUAGUAUAACACGUGAUUUUCGAGAUCUUUCAACAUCAGGAUUUAUACAAAAUUUUCAAAGCUUUUUGAAGGAAGGCGAAAGUACUAGAUUUAGCAAAGAAGAACAAUCACGCAUUUGCUGUAUAUUAACAACAGCUGAAUAUUGCUUAGAAACGACACAACAACUGGAAGAAAAACUCCGAGAAAAAACAGAUAAAUGUUAUGCUGAUAAAAUUAAUUUGUCUCAGGAACAAGAUAUUUUUCACAAUGUUAUAUCAAACUGUAUACAACUGCUUGUUCAAGAUUUAGAAUCUGCAUGUGAAUCUGCAUUGACUGCAAUGACAAAGGUUCAGUGGAGUGCCAUUGAGGUUGUUGGUGAUCAAAGUAACUAUGUUAAUACUAUUGUGGUACAUCUUCGUCAAACAAUACCUACUAUCAGAGAUAGAUUGUCAUCAUGUAGAAAAUAUUUUACACAGCUGUGUGUAAAAUUUGCAAGUUCUUUUAUAAUAAAAUUAGUACAACAAUUGUACAAAUGUAAACCUUUAAAUACUGUGGGUGCUGAACAAUUAUUGUUAGAUGUACACAUGUUGAAAACUGCUCUUUUAGACCUCCCAUCAACAGGAUAUCAAGUUCAAAGAAAAGCACCAGCAACCUACACUAAAGUAGUAGUAAAAGGAAUGGCAAGUGCUGAAAUGAUUCUCAAAAUUGUGAUGUCGCCAAUAGAAUCUCCAAAAGACUUUGUAAAACAAUGUAGAAUACGUCUACCGGAUUUACAAGCGCCAGAAUUUCAAAAAAUUUUAGAUAUGAAGGGCUUGAAGAAAACAGAACAAGUUUUACUACUAGAACAAUUUAAGCAGCCUGAAAAUACAGAUACUUUACGUGAUGCGAGGAGUCACGUUAUCCAAGAUAGUCCAGAACAUGAAGCUGGACGAAUAAAAAGAUUGGAGAAAUUAAUUAAGAAAAGAAUAUGA